CUGACACCUUUGACAGUUUGACACUGUCAAUGCCAAAUUCUGCUGUAAAAAAUAUUUAUUCAAAAAAUACGAAAUCGAAUGGCAGAGGAUACUAAAUAAAACAGUGUUAAUAAAAUUUGUGUACUUAAAUAUCUUUCCGAAUUGUACCUACCUGUAGUUUCUAGUAAAAAUCAUGCCGUCAUCACUAGUAGAACUGCGUCCAAACCGGCGGCUUUUGGACCACGAGUUUGAGGGAUACAAACUCAAAUUGCAAGCGCUCCCACAUUUCUGCUUAGACUUAACUUCACCCGUCGACAGGUUGUACCCCGAUGAAACACAAUUCUCCUUUAUCCACGCUAAACUGUUCGCACUCCACAACCACUUAGUUCUGGAUUUAUGGGACCAUCAGUAUAAUUACUACUACGUGGACGUAUCACAGAGAGUAUGUAAUGUAACAUUCGAUAAUAUUAACGGUACAUUCCAAACUGCAGUUGUGUAUGCUGUCCCCGCACUUGUCGAGAGGCAAUCUGGCCACUUCAACCUGUGUCUCACAUUCCCUUCCAACAGCCUAGCUGUAGUGAGCGAUGGCACUGGUUACUUACAUAUUGUAGAUACAGGCACCAGGAAUAGGCCUGCAGGGGACAAGCAAAAAUGGAACACUUUGUUUUCUAACUUGGUCCUUGGAGCUGGAAAAUAUUUCACCAUUACUGAUACUCGGAUUCAAGUUAAAAACAACAUACAAAUAUUACACUGUCUCUUGCAAUCUGUUGAGCAAAGAGAAAAGCAUUUUGAUUCUAUCCUGACAUGGGUGACCUUUGAAAAUGAUGGUCAGUCUUGGAAACAGUCUGCAACAAAACAAGUUGAAGGGAAAGGCAUCAUUCAUUAUGCUGCUCUAGAGACUAAUUGUGAUGCACUGUAUGUUGCAUCUGAUCAUUUAUUUAAGUUCACUUCAGAUUCUGAGAAAGAAAUUACAGUGAAAGCAAAGGAUGAGCCAAAACAUAUAAUUUACACUUGGUUGCAAACAGCGGAAGAUGUCACAAUUACACUGAAGUUAGAAAAGCCAUUCGACAAAAAUCUCUUAUCUGUCAAUGUUACCCCACUGGCUAUAACAGUAAGUUAUGCUGGGAAAGACUUUAUGAAUGGCAAAUUAAAGCAUAAGGUUGAUAGUGAGCUGACAACUUGGAAUGUACAGGAGGACGGCCAAGUAGACAUAUUGAUAACUAAAUCUGAAAGCGCAAAUUGGGAUCAGUUGAUAGAAGGAGGUGACAGAAACGGUGAGCAAAUAAUAGAUGCCAGCUUAGUGGAGGAAGUACAUAAAAGAUUAGCUCACUUGUGUUCUGAAUCUGAGGUAUUAGUUGACCGGCAGGUACCUGGUCUUAAUACACAGGAGCUGGAAGAAUGUGAUGCUGCUUCAGAGGAGGAUACUGUAUUAGUUCGCAUGGAUGCAGCAAACCAUGAAAUAACUCACAGAGUAUCACUCAGUGUACAUCAAUAUAUGUUCAGUAUCAAACUAGAAACACACGAAGUGCCAGCGUUGGCUCUGAGACACGAUGUAGAUGCCUGUAUAUGGCAACCAUACGCACAACUUGUUAAUUCAGACACUUGGCCUAUGAAACAUGAAGGAACUUUAAUGGCAUUUGGGUAUGUGCAAUUUUCCAAGCAGAAUAGAAAAUUUAUUACUUGCUCUCCAAACUUCCUAUACAGUGUAGCGUGUGAAGCUUCACAGCACAUAUUCAUUUAUAAGAGCAUUGGUAGCCAAGACUGUCAGUUACGAAGAAGAUCUGAAGGCAUUACAAAGAAUAUUAAAAUUGGUCAGCAACAUGUUGUAAAUAUAGAUAAAUAUGGUGAAGUUUUAGGGAUCAAUGCUACAAAUGAAUAUCUGUUUGUUCUGACAGAGAAAAAUUUAAUAGCUAUAGGUGUUUAAUAAAGUGUACAUUUAUAUUUGA